GAGGCUGCGAUCUUCAAGAAUCCCUGAAAGGAAGAACUUGAUAUGAGAAAAAAAAAAAAAAAAAAAAUCAUCGUCAUCACAAGGAUUUCUUUUUUUUUUUUGAAUUAUUGUUAAGUUAGUAUUAAUUGACACUGGACAAUGCUAUUGGCAGGUGUGGAGCAGCAGUGCAUUGUAUUAAGAUGCAUUUGGUGGCUUUUUGGGCUUUUUCUUUUUUGCCUCCAGUGUGUUCUCCUUUUUAUGAUACUUUUUUUAUUUUCAGCUUUUAGUUUCAUUGCUUCUGUAAAAGGUGAUUGAUGACGAUCGUAUUCCACCCUCACGCCAGAACCCUAACCUACGCACCAGACAUGGGCUUGAUGCUGUGAAAUUCUGACACCAUCACUAUAAUCAACCAAAUGACCUGUCUCCCCCCCCCUCCCCUCCAACACCACUUCAUUAUUUUCCCUUCAACUUACAGCAAAAUCACUGCUUUGCAGUAUUGUUGCCAUAGCUUUUUGACUUAUCACCAAGGGAGAAGAAAGCAACGGCCGUUUUCACGUAGGAUUGUGAAUCAUAACCUUUGCAUGUACUAAACUAUAGCACAGUUAUUUUUUAGGGUAUUUUAGUUUCCUUAGGCUGUGGAUACAGUGUAAUUUUCAUUUUAAGUAAAACUGUGCUUAAAUGUUACAUGUUUCCCCCUUCCCUUACCCCCCACUAGUGUCCGAUUUGCUAAAAUAAUCUAUGGUUUUGCACAUGUACUGCAAAGUGAGGCCUGAAGUCUUUCUGAAGGUGUGUUGGUUUGGUUUCAUAGGUUUUGACCUGCCAACAACCUCUACAAUAUGCAUCACUCAACCACAAUCUUUGUUGUCUUUCUAGAGUAAUCCAAUGAUGCUUUUUAGUGAUACUUGAGAAAAUAAUUACUUUAUUUCAGGAGCAGCAGUAACGAUUCUGCUAAUGUAUCUCAGCUAGACUACAGGGGAUUUAACCUCCCUUUUCUCAAGGUCAAAGGGUGUCCCACACGUCAGACUGGAGUUGUCCUAAGUGGGUUCUCCUGAAUAAUAAAUAAACCCAUGAACAAGUUUUGCUGUACCUUUUUUAGUACCUUGCAGAGUCCUUAGCCCCAUACUCCUCUUUCCUCUUAUACCAGCUAGGUGUACAAGCUUACCCUUGCUUACCCUUACCCAUUUUUUGUGUUGACUUCAAACACUGUAGUAAAUGAUUACACAUUGUGCUCAUACACCUUCUGUUGAACAUAGGGGUAUUAAUUUUUUUUUUUUUUUUUUGCAGCAUUCCUUGUUAGCAAACAUGUGGUUUCAAAUCUAAAAUUAUGACAUGGAAGAAAAAAAAAAAAAAGGUGGUUUGCCCCAAAACAACUUUUUGGGAGAUAGGCUGCAGGAUAGGUUGUCUUCGAGAAAAAUAAAUAGUGAAACCCAAAUCGGGAGACUGAGUGUGUGUGUGGUCUGUUGUGGAGAAGUGGUGUGAUUAAUCCUUGUUGCGUUUAUUUGUUUUUUCCCCCUCGUUUUUAAAAGAAAUAACCUUUUUAAAAUGGUUUGUCUCAACGGUUGAGCUUGAAUUCAAACCGAGAAAAAAAGCGGCUUCUGGUUGGCCGGGGCGACCGUUUGUCCGCAUGCGCACUACGGGAAUUUAUUAUGAUGCAUUCGGAACUAUCGGAAAUGUAGAGAGGCGGGGCGGAGUGCAUUCAUACGAGCUAAAGCGAUUGAUUUGUUCCAGGGUUUAAAUAAUGGGGGAAAUAAGGCGACAUAGUACAUAAGUGAACUAUAAAUGUGCACAUAAUCCGCGGAAAAUAAGGCAGAUCUAAACAUUUAAAGUCUUGAUAACAUAACACAUCUCAGAGCACGCGUUUCUCUUACUUUCUACGCGUGCACUUGAAUGUGCUCCCAAAAGUUUGGUGUGUGUGUCUCUUUCGUAUUUCCGCAUUUCUGCAGCAGCAGGAAUUUACUGAGCGCACUUGAAGGCAGCACGAGAAGGAACAGGAAAUGAAAGCUCUGUUUUGGACACUUUGCUCCGAGCAGACGAUCUUCUCCCUAAGCCCUCAGUCCUGAGCCUGGACUCUAGUCUGCAACCAUGGACAACCUAGAGGAGGACCUGACGUGCUCCGUGUGCUACUCUCUGUUCUCGGACCCGCGAGUCCUGCCGUGCUCGCACACCUUCUGUAAGAGCUGCCUGGACAACUUGCUCCAGGUGUCUACCAACUACUCCAUCUGGCGUCCGCUCCGGCUGCCUCUGAAAUGCCCCAACUGUCGCAGCGUGGUCGAGCUGCCCCCAGCGGGCGUAGACGCUCUGCCCACCAACGUAUGUCUGCGGGCCAUCAUCGAGAAAUACCAGAGUGACAGCGAGCCGCGAGCCCCUUCCUGUCAGGAGCACCAAAGGCAGCCUCUGAACAUGUACUGCAUCCAGGAUCGGCAGCUGAUCUGUGGGCUGUGUCUGACCAUCGGGCAGCACCAGGGCCACCCCAUAGACGACCUGCAGGCGGCGUUCAUUAGAGAGAAACAGACCCCGUCGCUGCUGCUGGCCAGACUCUCUGAGCGUAGAUGGGCUCAGGUGUGUGAGCUGGGGGAGCAGCUGAAGCAGGAGAAGGCCCGCUGCGAUGGUCUGGUGAGGCAGGACCGACAGGAGGUCAGUCAGUACUUCCAGACGCUGGAGGCAGUGCUGGCCAGGAAGAGACAGGCCUACCUGGAGGCGCUGGAUACAGCCGGUGCGGAGGUGUCCCGGGCCUACGACCCUCUCAUCCACAGAGUGAAGGAUCUACAGGAAGAGCAGUUGGACCUGGUGUCCUUGGGUUCAUCAGUGGAGGAGGAGGACUCGCCGCUCGUCUUCCUGGAGAAGGUGCAUUUGUUCCGAGAGAGGGUGGAGGAGUUCAUUACAACCCCUCUGCCCUCAGUGAUAAACCUCUCCGUCACCCCGCGGGCAGCAGAGUACCUCCGGCAGCACUGGCCCGCCGUGACCAUCGGGAGCCUGGAGGAAGCCCCCGUCCCGAAGGUGUGCUGCUGCGCCAGAUGUGGCGGCGUGGAGGCCGGCGUGGAAACCGACGCCGAGGGCGAUCGGUCCGACGGCUGGGCGCGGGACCUGUGGUGCGAGCUGCGGCCCACCACCUCCGUGGUGCUGCUGGGGCUGCUGCUGCUGGCGGUGGCGCUGUGGGCCAACCCGGUCGGAGGGGCGUCGCUCGGUUUCUCUCUGGUCUCCCGGUUCAGUCAGCUGGUCCACGGCCUCAGCAGCGAACUGAUGGCAUCCGUGUGGGACGCGGUGGGGUCUGCAUACGCGGCGAUGGAGGCCGCUGUAGAAAGGUGGAGCUCUCACCUCUCCUCAGUGAGUGAAAAGGCCUUCCAGCAGCUGACUGCCUCGUUGAAAACUCUGACAUCCCACUGAAAACACACCAAACUGGAACCAUUGACUUUUUAUUUAGAGGAGUUUGAGAAAGUCUCACUUCUGCAUUCCUGUAGCGAAAGGAAAAAAUCCCUCCUUGAACACCCGCCAUUCAUGGUUUUGUGUUUUUAAGUCUGAUAGCGAACACAUAUUUAAUCCGAUUGUGCUGUUAGCCUCACUGUGAAACAAGCAUUUCUGUUUAGACCAACACUGAACCGGCUGUGCUAACAGUAGAGUGAAUGGACCACAAUGCAUUGCAGGUACUUUUUGUUACUCCUUUUGUUUCUGUUAAUGCUUCACCGCUGGUAGAAAAUCCACGCAUAAGUAAACCAAUGAACCGAUAGUCGAGGCCGGUUUAGGUAAAACUGACACACAUAAACGAUCAUUCAUUAACCGUCACACGUAGAUGAUAAUGUUAAUUUGAGGGUGGAUUUUUUUUCCCUUUAGCCUCAGUUCAAAGAUUCCCAAAGGUCCUGCGCAGAUCCGGGGGAAAGCGGAUAAAGAGAUAAAAAAUACUGAUAUCUUUAUAUAAUUUGAGCAGUUUAUGUAGCCGUGAAUCUUUUUAUAUAUUGAAUGGCGUUAUUGUCGAGUGUUAUGUUCCUCUUUGGUAGUGACUAAUAAUCGUGUAUCCUAUCAAACACUAAUAAAAAAUGGAAAAUGUUAAACCGGUGCCUAGAGACUCUUAAGUCACCCUUUCCCAUCAUGCAGCGGGACACUUCGGUAGCGUUGUGUCAGAGAGCUCAGGACACCAGUACACAGCUGCACAUGUAUCUCCUUACACAAGACUGUUUACAGUAUGUGAACUUUAGAGCCUGGUGAGUGGAACCAGACACACAGUGGACCACAGAUCAUGUUGCAGCGAUGCACAGCUCUGAGCGGCUCCCUCGCUGCGCCUUCACCUCCACCCUCCACUCUACGGCCUUAUUGUUACUGGACUGUACUUCCACCACGAUCAAUACGUCUGGGUUAGGACAGUGCUGGGUUUUCUUUUAACGCUGCACUGGCGGUCUAUUAUAAAACGUAUUAUAGCCUUUGGAAAAACUUUACCAGUGCGUCCCACAGAUGUUGCUUUAUUUGGCUCAAGCUGACUUUUUAGCCGGACCGAACCACCAGCUUGAGUCAGACGUCUACAUGUACAGGUAUGAGGCAGACUAGGAUCUUGUGUCUUACUGCAAACACCACAGACCGAACAAGUGUUACAUGACUCAGACCUGUUGCAGUGGUUGUAUUUUUCUAAAUGUAUUCUCAGUUCCUGUAUUUUAAAAGAAAGUCAUAAUAAAUGUAUUCAAAUGCUUUUA